AACAUAUAUAAGUUCACGAAAUUAUAAUUUAGACAUCAGUUCUCGAUCCACUACGAUCUAAGAAUCACUUAAGUAAAUAAUAAUGGCAUUCAAGUUUGUAGCUCUUGCCACCCUCUUGGCGGUCGCAAACGCCGGACUGGUGCCGUACGGCUACCAAGCAGCACCAGCUCACUUGACCUACGGUCACUACGAUGGACACUACGCACAUGGAACACCCCUUGCCUACGCAGCGCCCGUAGCUAAGACGGUCGUCACCAAAACCGUAGACACGGAAUACGACCCCCAUCCAGAAUACAAUUUCUCUUACAAUGUCCACGACAGUCUGACUGGCGAUGCCAAGACCCAACAGGAAACCCGCCAUGGUGAUGUUGUUGAAGGCAGCUACAGCCUCGUUGAAGCCGACGGAACCCGUCGCGUUGUUCACUACACUGCUGAUGAUGUCAACGGAUUCAACGCCGUUGUGGAAAAACAACCGGCUACUGUUGCUGUAAAAACUGUUGCUCCAGUAGUUCACGCCCCAGCUUAUGCAUACAAAACUGCUCCAGUUUACCAUGCUGCCCCUGUAGCAUACAAAGCUGCUCCAGUUUACCAUUCUGCCCCUGUAGCAUACAAAGCUGCUCCAGUCUACGCCACAUCUUACGCUGCACCUGUUGCCCAUCAGUACACUGAAGCUUUGUACCAUCACUAAAUUUUAAAGUCUUGCUGAACGUAUUUUUGUAUGAGAAAUAAAUAAUUACGGGUUAUAAUUAUAAAAUUAUUAUGGUUUUUUACUGCUGUAAAUAAGAGCUU